GGCGGCGGGGUCGGGAUGUUCAGCUGGAUGGGGAAGCAGGCGGGCGGGCGCGAGGGGGCCGGCGGCGGCGACGCGGUGCAGACGGUGACCGGGGGGCUGAAGGAGCUGUACGCGCGGCGGCUGCAGCCGCUCGAGGACUAUUACCGCUUCCAGGACUUCCACUCGCCCACGCUGGAGGAGGCCGACUUCGACAACAAGCCCAUGGUGCUGCUGGUGGGGCAGUACAGCACGGGCAAGACCACUUUCAUCCGGUACCUAUUAGAACAGGACUUUCCAGGCAUGAGGAUUGGUCCAGAGCCUACCACAGAUUCUUUCAUUGCUGUGAUGUAUGGAGAUACAGAAGGGUGUACUCCUGGAAAUGCUUUGGUUGUGGACCCCAAGAAGCCAUUCCGUAAACUCAGCCGCUUUGGAAAUGCUUUUUUGAACAGGUUCAUGUGUGCUCAGUUACCUAAUGAGGUUCUGAAGAGCAUCAGCAUCAUUGAUAGUCCCGGCAUUCUUUCAGGAGAGAAACAGCGCAUCAGUAGAGGCUAUGACUUCUGCCAGGUCCUCCAGUGGUUUGCUGAACGGGUUGACCGCAUCAUCCUCCUCUUUGAUGCCCAUAAGCUGGAUAUUUCUGAUGAGUUCUCGGAGGCUAUUAAAUCAUUCCGUGGACAGGAUGACAAGAUUCGAGUGGUGCUGAACAAGGCUGACCAGGUGGACACCCAGCAGUUGAUGAGGGUCUAUGGUGCGCUCAUGUGGUCCCUGGGAAAGGUGAUUAACACUCCAGAGGUGUUGCGAGUCUACAUUGGUUCUUUUUGGGCCCAGCCUCUACAAAACACAGAGAACCGCAGGCUCUUUGAGGUGGAAGCCCAGGAUCUCUUCCAAGACAUUCAGAGUCUCCCACAGAAGGCAGCUGUGCGGAAACUCAAUGAUCUCAUCAAGAGGGCAAGACUUGCAAAGGUUCAUGCUUAUAUUAUCAGCCAUCUAAAGAAGGAAAUGCCAUCUGUAUUUGGAAAAGAGAACAAGAAGAGGGAGCUGAUCAGCAAAUUACCUGAAAUCUAUAUCCAACUGCAACGAGAGCACCAUAUCUCGCCUGGGGAUUUCCCAGAGGUCAAGAAAAUGCAGGAACAGCUGGAAAACUGUGACUUCUCUAAAUUUCAUUCUCUGAAACCAAAGCUGAUUGAAGCUGUGGAUAACAUGUUGGCCAAUAAAAUCGCCUCUCUGAUGAGCCUGAUGAGCCAGGAAGAAAGCAACAUGCCUACACCGAUGGUGCAUGGUGGAGCCUUUGAUGGCACCACAACUGGACCCUUUGGCCAGGGAUAUGGGGAAGGUGCCAGGGAAGGAGCUGAUGAGGAGGAGUGGGUUAUUGCUAAAGAUAAACCUGUAUAUGAUGAGAUCUUCUAUACUUUGUCACCAAUCAAUGGCAAAAUCUCUGGGGUCAAUGCAAAGAAGGAAAUGGUGAACUCCAAACUUCCGAACAGUGUCCUGGGGAAAAUCUGGAAACUUGCAGAUUGUGAUAAUGACGGCAUGUUGGACGAGGAGGAGUUUGCACUGGCAAAACAUCUCAUCAAGAUUAAACUGGAUGGGUAUGAACUGCCCAGCAUCCUACCACCUCACCUGGUGCCACCAUCACACAGGAAACCUUUGCAGGUGUCAGAGUGAAAAACACAGGGAGGAGAUUAAGUGAGGGAUGGAGGGAACUGAAAGCCCUCUGAAUCUUUUUACAGAUGAGUUGAACCAUCAAGGCUUGAAAUUGGGUUUAGAGGCAAUCUUUAAAUCACAUAUCAGAUUUCAAACAAAUUACUGGAACCAGCAGCAUAGUACAGAGGUUACUUGUGUAAUAGCUCUGGCUGACCUUCACUGAGACAGGUUUAUCACUAGUGCCUUUUGUAACUACUUCCACACCUUACAUUGCUAAGAUAGCAAGGCUUUCUUUGAGAAUCACCCUGUCCAUGUCUCACUGUAUUUACAACCAAAAAGCAGAAAAGACAUAGACCACACCUACAAUCAUGUACUAAACAUGAAUACCUAGGAAAUACAAAGCUCCCCAGACGGUUUAGCAAGUGGAAGGAAAUGCUUUUAAAGCUCAAAUCCACCUGUUUCUAGAAGGCAUACAUUUGUUUAAUAAAGAUACUUUAGGUGCCUUUGUGAAUGUCAGCAUCCCUAGCUUUAGAAAAGACAGAAAUACAAAGGACUUUGCCUUCAUGUUCUGCUGUUGAUUUUAGUAAUAUUAACUUGUGGGAGGGAAGGGGGACAUGGGUAGAACUUUUUGUAAGAAUGUUUUGGACAUGAGCAGAAAUAUAAGAAAUUUUACCAGAGAUUAUUUUUUAAAAUCUGCAAUUUAUUAAAACUGUUUAUAUCUGUCAACUGCGCAUUGUGGUAAACAGAAGAGAUGCUUCCUUUUGCUUUGUGCAUAAAAUAAUGUGCAACUUACCCAUCAGCUAAAAAGAUUUGGAUCCCCACUGUGUUGGGGAUGGGAAUUUCAAGAUUUCUGUUUAGCUGCUUUGCACAUUGUUUGGUGUAAAUUCCUGAACUUUUCCAGUUAUAGCACUGUUUGGUCCUGAUUCUUGGAAGCAUGGGAAUUCACGUGUUUUAGCAGAAACAGAGGCCUUGUUUUGAAGCAUGAGGAAAGGGUGUAUUGUAUUAAACUUCUUUUCUGGAUAUUCAGUGUGCAUAUUCAGUUGGCUUGAUAAAUUCUCUUGGGAUUUACACCCAAAGUUUACAACCAAUUAUAUGGAUAUUCUUACAUCCAAGUAUUCUUUUUAGUUUCUUUUAUUUCAGCAGAAUUUUGAAUUCUUUCCUUUGUUAAUGGGAAGCUGGCAAAUGUAGAAAAUAUGUUCCACUCCUACUGUAGCAUCAUCUUCAGAAGGUAGGCCACUAAGGGGCCAAGCCAACUUCCACUGAAGUUAACGGGAGUCUUUCAACUGACUUUCACAAAAGCUGGAUUGGUCCCUUAAAGCAUUGUUAAUUUACUAAAGAAACAUUUGGGAAGGAAAGAAGUGCACCAACACUUCACUUCACCAUCCUUCCCAAUUGUACAGUCAAAGAAAAUUGAUCAUGUGAGCUACGCACAACUUAUUCUAACAUCCCUGUUCUCAGUGCUCCAGAGGAAAGCGAUUCUCCGUCCCCAUUAAUUUUAAUAUGCUUUUUCUUUUUGCACGGGGAGUGGGGAAUAGAACAACAAUUCCUUCCUGACACCAAACUUGGCAGUUAGUUUAGUUACGUGCAUGUGAGUGAAAAUCACCUUGUAAUCCAUAUAUAGCAUAAAAUACUAUAAGUAUUAAAAGUACUGUAACUUUGAGCACUUUUUCCCCUUGAAUCCAAGUAAGGUGGUGUAACAGGGUUCCACAUCCCGCCCCUCUUCCUGGGGUCCGCUUGCUGCCCCCAAUAAGGCUCAGAGAGGCUUCAGGGUUGUGAAACACCCGUGUCUUUAUUUAGAUAAGGUUCUCCCACCACCAGUGUCUGUCUAUACACAAGUCUUUCAGGAUUAGUCACCUCCUUUACAGGUAGAGGCAGCCUUCAGCUAGGAGGCCUCCAGUUCCCUUCCUGACUGACUUCUCCCUGGCUGCCCCCUGCUUUCUGGCUGCCUCCCAGCGUUUAGCUUGUCAGGCCAGCAGGUGUUGCCAAUCCUCAGGCCUGCAUCAGGCCUUUUCCAUCAGCCCCAGUCUGUUUCCACUGAUUGGAGCUGACUGGGCAGGGGUUAAUUAGGUGCUUUUGCACCAGAACCCUGCUACAGGUGGAUUCUGGAAUUACCUUCUGGGACAGACCAAUCUAAAGAGUGAUUGACUAACCUCUUGGGUGAAGGAGGGAGAAUUUUCUGAGAGUAACUAAGUAAGCAGAUUAAUUUAUUCAUGUCUGAAUAGCAAUGACAUUAUAGCAGAAUUUUCAGAAGCCUUUAUGGCUCAUUGCUAACUUUGAGCACUCAGCAUAUGACCUUCCAGUGAUGUAUUGUACAGCCUCCCUCCAUCUCCUCACCAGUUCCCUAUUUCCUGAGUAUAGUUGGUUUUAAAUGUAUAAUUUUCAGGAAUGUCCAUGUGUUAAGUAUUUAAAUGCUCUAAGAAGAUCCUCCCCACAUAGCUUUUUUUUUUCUCAAGCUUGUAUAAAUUCAAGCUCUUCAACUUAGCCACUUACUUCAGAUCUUUCAAUACUUUUGAUCAAUCUAGUAGCUCUUUCAUAUGCCUUCUACAGAAUUCAUACAUCCCUGGACCAAAUCUUAGACAUGGGUCCUUGGUUGAAACUUCACCAUGAGUUUGUAUUGCGCAACAGUACACUCUCCAUUGGAUUGUUUUUAAUCAUUUGAUGUAGCUUAGUAUUGUUAUUCUUUGCUGUAGUUUAACAAUGUAUUCACAUCUUUACUACAGCUAACAUGUAAUUUGAAGACAUACACAAUAUAAAAAACUCACCAAAUGGAAGCAAAAUUGUAAUCCAUCUUUAUGCAUAACUCUAGCUUAUAGCUAUAGUAAGGUCUUAUGGUAUAUAUACCAAUAAAUAUUUAUCCAUUCUUAUAUGUGUGUGCUAAUUGUAAGUAUUCCAUUAGAAGGUUCUUUAUUAAGUUGUUUUAGAACCCUUAAGAUAAUUCAAAGAACUGAUCUAAUUUAUUCACAAAUGAAUGAGAUGCUUUUUUGUAAUCAACUGUCAGGUAUAUUACCUUCACUCAGUGUAAUAAGUGAGAGAGGACUGUCUAUCCACCAUCUCUUCAGUAGCAUCCACUUGACUGUUUGAUACUGCUAGUAUUUUUUGUUAAACAAAUCAAACAUCUCAAAUCUCUUAGCAUGUCUGUGUAAAACUGAAAAGUAGUACUUCAGGGUCUCAAGUUAAUUUACAACCAAGAUGUUAAAUCCAUACACACACUAUUAAAUUAGCUUGUGGUUAUACCCAGCGAUUAGAACUGAGUACCUAAUUCAAAGCAACUCUUCCAACAGUAAUUAGAUACAUGUUUGUUGAUAUUGAAAUCUUACUAUUGUUUUUUGGCUGGAGACAAACCCACUUCUGCAUCAAUUCAGCCAUAAGGUUAUUUGUUGUCAGUGCAUAAGCUCUCGUACAUCUUUGCCCUAGAGUCCAUCUAAUGCAUUGGUGUUUGGAAAGGAAGUUCAUUCUUCUUGACUGUAGCAACAACAAUAUGAAAGCUCUCCAGUGAGCUUGUAAGUUCUUAUAUAAGCAUAGUAUGUUACCAGAAAUCUCUGCCAGAAGUCUCCAAUCUGUAUUCUGCCGAUGUGCUGACUGUGCUUUCAUCUGCCCCAGGUUCUAUGUUCUCUGAGGCUUUCACAUUAACACUAGCCAAUGAGUGUGAUCUGGAGUUCUGAAAUAUGCUUGCUGAUAUGUUAAAUAUAAUAUUGAAUCCAUUACUCCAGCUACAGUCAUCACUAAGGUUGUGGAGACGGGGGGCGGAAGGGAAUGGAAAUUUUCGCAGCAUUGCCACGGUUGUACACCAUCAGCUCGGUAACCAUUUUACCAAGGCUGAAUAUCUUACGUGUGUCUCUGGUUCUCUGUAUCACUUCUAAUUGCUUUGAAGGUCUGUGUAAAGUUGCAUAAGUCCCUUCUAUGGUAUUCAGUUUUUCAGACAACUACAAUUUUUCAGGGGUCUUGGCACGUCUUCCAUUAAGUAGGUUUUUGCGUUUACCUGUCCCCAAAGUCUCCAGUUGGAGAUGCUCAGGUAUUCUGCUUUGUUCAUGAUUCCCUUUUACCUUUUCUUUGCCGCUGACUCUUAAUGCUUUGAAAAAAAAAAUUCUCCAGUUCCUUUUUGAUAUUUUUGUGAGGAUUGCUCAGGUUUCCAAUUGAAAUUUACCUCUGUUUCUUUUCUAUUUUAUACAUGUUCUUCUGACCUGGUGUUAGGCCUGAUGAAUCCAGUGUGCCCUCUGCCUUGUCUCUCAUGAUGUAAAUGAGAAACAUAUACUUGAUGUUACUCAAUUUUGUUGAUGAACCCUGAAACAACAAAAAGCUGUUCAAAACAGUCCAUGUUGGCUAUGCUAAUUAUCAGAAAAAUUAAAGAUUACUGGAGCAUGUAUGGGGAAAUAACUCCAUUGUCCUGAAGGGGGCAAUGAUUUCUGUUCCUUUUAGCUUGUGUUUUAUUCCCUGCUGCUUCUGUGUCACCAAGGCAACUUGUUGAUUUCCUCAAAGCUAUUGUAUAAAUGACCCUUUGCAUUUCUGGGCCCCUUAAAGCUACCCUAUUUGUGGCCUGAAGCCUACUUUCUUAGCAGAGCUUCCUCUUUACUUAUCCUCCUGAAGGAUACAGUUUAUUUUUCUUUUCCUGUCUGCUUUUCCUUGGUUGUUUCCUCUUUGAGCUGAUCAUACCCUUACACACGUUGUCCGAGCACUUAGUGCUCGCUCUCUCCUCUUUCAGCUCAGCUGUGGCAGGACAGCAUGUUUUUAGGGUUCCUCCAGUGUUUGGGGGCCGUGAGAUGGAAAACAAACUCUUCCCUUACUGAAGAGGAGCUUCAUUUCUUCCUUUCCCAUUUAUCUGUUCCCUGCAUGUGGGAGGCAGCCACUUCUGAUACUGUCAUGUGACAUAGGGUUCAGUCAGGGGAAAGGAAUAUAAAGAGGCAUGUUUGGUAACAAGAAAGAGUUGCUUUCUAUUAAUGACAUGAUUUGCACUACUUCCAGAUUUAAUGGGGUUUUCAGUAGUAAAGUCCCUUCCAGCACAAAGUCAAUGUGAGUUUUGCCUGAGUAUGGACUGCAGGAUUUGGUCCAUGGGUUUUUUCAUGAACGGAGUUGUAGAUUGUACAUUCCUUUUAAGGCAAGAAGGAUACCAAAGAGCAAGGGAAACUGAUACAAGAAUAUCUUUCUUAAAAUCUGCUGGUCCAGACUGUUUGCAGCUUAAACUAAUGCCUUCUCCCAUCCUAGAUGUGAAGUUGUGCUUUGAGAAGGAACUACCUCAGCGUUACCCAGAUUCUGCUCUGUGUGAAAUCAAUGGAGCCAUUUUAGAUGGUGACAGAAGGGUGACACUACUUUACCCAGCCAGACUUUCAGGCCCUUGCAUCAAGGGUUCCCUGCUCUAGUAAAUUAUUCUUGAACACUCAGUCUGUUUUUCAUUACUCUUCCUUCCUUAAUACAGUUUAGUCUCACACUCACACUCACACUCACACACACACCUUCCCGAGCCAGUUAAGGGCAAAAUUCAGUCCCAUUAACUUCAGUGGGGUUGUGCCCAUUUAUGUCAGGGCUGAAUCUAGCCCCGGGUCUGUACAAAAGCCUUGUUGUGUUUAAUAGUGACACUGAUCUUCUAUGUAAUUUAUGCUGCAGGUUAUAAAAUCACUUUAUGUUUAUCA